AUGCCAGCUCCAAUGCAAACAGCUUAUCCGAUUCCGAUGCAAUACCAAUACCAGCUAGCUCCACAAGGAUAUCCUACUAGUGGUGAAAAGUCCACAACUUGUGAGAAGAAAGAAACGACCUUGUCGAAAUCGUCUUCGUCGCAGUCUCAACAGACUUGUCAAAUAAAGAUGAUGACCGAACCAGUCGAUAUUGCUCGCGGUCACACGUCAAUGCCAGCUCCAAUGCAAACAGCUUAUCCGAUUCCGAUGCAAUACCAAUACCAGCUAGCUCCACAAGGAUAUCCUACUAGUGGUGGACCAACGCACCAAACAGCUAUGCAAUGGAGCUACCUACAGCCUAUUCCGAUCAAUCUUUUACCCCCAGGAACAAUCCCGAUACCUGUUCAGGAUCUCAGCAAGUCGCUUGCGGAAGGCACACCAAUCUGCCCGGUGACGAUAGCAGAACAGUUUGCACAGAUGUCUGUCGCGAACGCAACGUGGGGUGCGGUGGCCCCCGCAACUGUUCCAAUGGCUAUCCCUAUUGCAAAUCCUGCCGCUUUUCAAAGCGCUCCCGUUGAUCCAAGCCAAGAGCCACAUGAAGCAAAUGCGCCCGCUGUUCCUCCCAUGGCUGCUCAAGAAGAUAUGAAGCAGAAAUCUGAAGAGAGCGAUACGAUGAAGAAAGGGUCAGACGUGAAAAAGAGACAAAAAGCCCGAAAAGAGGCAGACGAAGAGCGGAAGCACAAGGAGGAGGAGCGGUUGAAAGAGCAAAAAACACUAGAAGAGGCUUUGGAGCGCGCAAAGCGCGAAGCGGAGAUCACUAGAAAGGCUCGCGUUUUCAAGCACGUACUUGAAGGAGCCGAUAAGAGUCCGGAGUUGGAAAGACGUCUACUCGGCGUCGAUUCCGCGAGAUGGAGAGAGGAUUUGCAGAGGUAUUUUCAUAUUUCAUAUUUUAUUAAAAUUUGUUCUUCACAUGGAUACUCUCUCCGAUUAAGAGUGGACAAAUUACGGUCAGAAGAGAGGCAGGUCUUUCGUUGUCUGUCGGGUUUAGCGUGA